UAUAGAAAUGGAAGCUGGACAGGGACAUAUUCGCGGUGCGACAGAGUUAAUAAACAUUCGCGAAUUCAUUCAGAAAUGGGACAAAACGGUAAUACCUGGUAUGUCUGAGACGGAUAAGAAGUAUACUCCCAUGAGAGAUGUUCUAGCUCAAGAACUGGAGGUAGAAAGACAAACUAUAGCCGAAUUAGAGGGUGUUUGCAAUGCAAAUAAUUUACUGUGUGGAGAAGAAAAGACAGAUAUAUCAAUGUUAUCAUGUAUUCCAGAUUCUGUAGACUUGGUUUCAGUCAGGAUGCAGAAAAGAGAAUUGGAGAGAAGAGAAGCAGACAAAAUAUAUAAAUCAACGGUUUUAAGAAGAUUAAAAUACUCCAGCCUGGAUGAGAAAAAUAGUUCAGCAUUAUUUCAUGACCGGAAACCAGGAGAAGAUCUGGGAGAAUAUGAAAUUAAUCUUCCAAAUGUCAUCAUAAAUAUCAGAGUAUACCCUCCUUUUAAAUACCUGAAAUUGCAGCAUGUUCAUAAUAAGAUAAUGCCAGAUCUGAAUUUUAAUGUUCUUGGAACACAGAAGUUGUCUGAUUUACGUGACAAGAUUAGUUGUGUAAAUGACCUUGCUAUAGCACAUGACCUCAGCGAUAACCCUGAUAAUGAAUUGAUGCCAUAUGCAAAGGAUUUAUAUAAAUCUGGAUUUUUCUACAUAGAAGGAGUGUUUUAUAAUGAUAUGAGAUAUCCAGAAUGUCAAGACUAUGGCAGCACGAUCAUGCAGUGGGCCUCACAGCCAGGACGACAGAUUGGUGAAAUGAGAACAGAAAAGAUGGAAGAAGCAUUAUUCUUAAACCUGAAUGUUAGAUUAGGGCAGCCAUAUUGUUACUUGCACCAAGGAGAUUGUGAACAUCUUAUUAUAUUUUCAGAUAUAAGAUUGUUAAACCCUGAUGACAGUGUUGAUAUUAGAGAUUAUCCUAGACUUAUGAAAAAGAAGAGAGUAACACGGACAUUAUGUAGAGCUUGUAUGAUGCAUUCUGCAAGGUGGAUUGUAUACAACAGUGAGCAUGCUCCAGAGAAUCCUUGUUUCUUUUGUGAUCAGUGUUUUAAAUCAUUUCAUUAUGACGAACAUGGCAAGAAAAUUGGAAAUAUUAAAGCUUAUAAAUAUUUUGAUCAGAGUGCUGCAAUAAAUUUGUAGUUGACA